AUGACGCUGUGGAAUGGAUCCUUCCCCUUCUACCCUGGUGCCAGUGAGUCCUUCCCCUUUGACACCACCCAAGCUGUCAUCAUCUCCGUCUUCCUCUCUGUAUUGGCCACCUUCAUCAUUAUCCUGCCGGGGAUCCGGGGCAGGGGGCAACUCUUCUGGUUCCUGAGGGUGGUGAUGGGUCUCUUCGUGGGAGCAGUGGUCCUCACUGUACAGUUCACCAGGGACUGGGAAACAGGCUGGGUGACAGCAAACACCUCCUACAAGUCCUUCAGUCAGGCUGUGGUGAACGUGAAUGUUGGGCUGCACAUUGGCCUGGCAGGAAUGAACAUCACACUGGUGGGAAACCCAGUGAAUCAGGUCAAUGAGACCAUCAACUACAAUGAGCACUUUGCCUGGAGCUUCAAGGCAGACUAUGACCACAGCUAUGGUGAAGGGCUGAAGAGGGGGCUGCCCAGCCCCAUCCUCUAUGUGGCAGAGAAGUUCACCACACAAAGCCCCUGCAGCAUGCACAUGCAGUACCGCAUCUCCAGCCACUACACGUCCCUCACACUGUGGAUGGCCUUUUGCACAUGGCUCAUUUCCAUCCUAUUGUUCUCCAUGCCCAUCCUGCUCUACGGUGGCUGCAUGCUCCUGCUCACUGCCGUGCUGAUGCUCUCCUCACUGAUCUUCUUCACUGCAAGGAACACUCUGAAGUGUCCCAUCCUGUUUGGCCCAGCUUCCUUGAACACAGACUAUGGUGGAUCCUUUUGGCUGACAUUAGCAACAGGGCUGCUGUGCCUGCUGCUGGGACUGGGUGUCAUCACCCUGAACUCCACACAGCCGGAGAAGCUGAAGCUUGUCUUUAACCUGGACAAGGGAAAGGAAGAAGAAGAGGAGAGAUGGGACAAGUGCUGCCGGCCAGCCGAGCCCAGCUCCUCUGCACAGGAUGUGCUGAUGGUGCCCCUGGGUGAGCUUUGUGAGGUGACAGCCACCCAGCUGUAA